AGUCCGGUCUUGUUCCGCGGGAUGCCGCACGACGCUCGAUAGCGCACCCGUGUCGAUGUCCAGGCUCAAGUUGCACUCUGCUUGAGCCUCUGCUGAUCGUACGAGCCUCUUGCAGCCUCUCUGACCGACUUCAAUCUCGCGCGCGGGACUGGCUCGACCAGCAAGCAAGCAAGCGGCGGCUCACCAAGCACGCGCGCCUUGCAAUUGCCUGCAAGCUGAGCAAAGCCGGGCAAGCUAGUGGCAGCAAGUGACGAGCACGACCGAUCUCUGACCGGCUUGGGUCCGCUGACGAGGCAUCGCAACGCGGUCGAGUCUCCUGUCGAGCGCCAGGAACAGCGGUACCUUGCUUGUCUCUACAGAACAUACUCCGUCCGCGAUGGCCUACGCUACCAAGCAGGAGUCUGACGACAUCUUCAAGAUCCUCAGGGGCCAGCCCGCUAACAAGACCUGCUUCGACUGCUCUGCACGGGCACCUACAUGGGCUUCUGCUACCUUUGGCGUCUACAUCUGUCUAGACUGCUCAAGCAAUCACCGCAACAUGGGCGUUCAUAUCUCCUUCGUCAGGUCGACCAAUCUCGACCAAUGGCAGUGGGCCCAGCUGCGCGUCAUGAAAGUCGGCGGCAAUGCAGCCUUUAACGCGUUUCUUGCCAAGCAUCCCGGCGCCUAUUCUCCCGCUGCUUCGACCAACAUCAAGGACAAGUACACCUCUCGAGCUGCGCAGCUCUAUCGAGACGAGCUUGCGCGCAAGGCAAAAGUUGACGAAGCUCAGUACGGCCAGCGCGUCUUUCUUGAAGGCUUACCGUCCCAUCAGGAGGCAACUCAAGCCAACGGUCACACUGCCACUGGCAAUGCUGACUUUUUCGACACUUGGGACAAAGAGCCAGCCGCUCGUACUCCCACUCUCUCUGCCCCCGCCACGCCGCCUGUCAUAGGUCUUUCACCCCAUCCUUCACGACCUGCCACGCCGCGAUCUGCUACGCCGACGAACACGGCGCCUAGUCCUGCUUCCUCCGCGACUGGCGGGACCAACGCUACUGCAGCACCGUCAUCGGCUGCUGGGCCUCCCGCCUCGCGCACGACUUCCUCAUCCGCGCUCAGGGCAGCCAGCGCCAGCGGAACCGCCAAGUCGAAGCUUGGCGCGACGCGUACGACUGGGGCCGGUGUCGGCGGACGAGCCAAGCUAGGUGCUAAGAAAGCUGGCGGUACGAUCAAUUUCGAAGAAGCCGAGAAGAAAGCACGAGAAGAGGAAGAGCGCAUCAAGCAACUAGGCUAUGAUUCUAAACGCGAGGAGGAAGAGUCGAGAGCCGUCUCGCUCGCCGCGGUAUCGGCACCAGUAGCUAAGUCAAAUGCGGCCUCGCAGUCAAAGGUUGCAGCACCCAAUAGACCGUCGGCUGAAGUCGAUCGACUCGGAAUGGGCAUGGGCAGGCUCGGAUUCGGUCAGGUGGCAGGCAUGUCCGGCGAAGAAGCUGCACGGCAGGCCGAAGCAGCUCGAAAGCAAGCUGUGCGGAAAGCAAAGGGACUAGACGAGCCCGUCGACGAUUCGACGUAUGCCCGAGAGAAGUUCUCGAGCCAGAAGGCCAUCUCAUCAGACCAAUACUUUGGCCGCAAUUCGUAUGACCCUACAGCUCAGCGGGAAGCGCAAUCGAGACUACAAGGAUUCUCUGGCGCUACGUCUAUAUCAUCCAAUCAAUACUAUGGCAUCGAGGAAGAGCCCGAAUCGAUCGAGGAAGGCAUCAUGGGCGUGGAAAGCCUCUCUGAUCUCGAAGGAGCUGCCCGUCAAGUCGCCCGCAGAGUCAUGCAGCAGGCUGGCUUCCAGGAUGUCAACGAUUUGCAGGAUGCUGUCCGCAAUGGCGCGCUGCAGCUGAGCGACUACCUGGCUAAUCUAUCUGCUCGCUACGGAUAGGCCUUGUCACAAUAGCUCAUGCAACGUGUUGUGGUCUCAUGAAUUAUCUGCAGCUUAGAGGCG